AUGAUCCAGGGCGCCUCGGAGCCUGCCGGCCCUGGCUGGGCCUGGGGCUGGGGCGGGGACGGCGAUGGGGAUGGCGCUGGGCUGGCCCUGCUGGCGCUGGCUGUGGUGGCUGCCACUGCCCUGGCCUUGCACUGGCUUGGCUCUGGGCAGGAGCAGGAGGCGGCAGGACUGGCACCCACAGCCGCCGGGCAGGCAGGAGGAGCUGGGCCAGCCCUGCCCCCAAAGGCCAAGGUCAGUGGUGGCAUCGAGGGACACAGCUCAGGGCUGGGGAAGCCAGACCCUCCGGGAUGCAGCCAGGGGGGCCCAAUGGCAGCCGGGACCCAGGAUCAGGAGCCCCCAAGAGGUAGAGGUCUGGCUGCUACAGUCACAUCUCGGCUCAAGACACCUGGCAGGGCGGCUGGGGGCUGGGGCUUGGGGCAGCAGCAUGGUAGUGCCGCCCCGGAAACCCUCCAGGCUAAGGGAAGGGGGCCUUUCAGGCCAGGUGGUACCCUCCUGGGUAGGAGCCAAGCAGGGGGUACAUCUGCCCCCCUCUUGAUACACUUCACGCCUCGGAGUCCUGGAAGAGAAAUAGAGGAGCGGGUGGAGGCAGGAGAGCUCCGAGCAAAGGUGCCAGGUGACCAGGCCCCGGUCCAUGCCAAGGAACAGGACACUACCCCCUGGCACCAAGGUGUGAGGUCACCUGGCUCCCUGGGGAGAGGCCCAGGCAGCCAACGGAGGAAGGUGGACAAUAGCUCAGGAGAUAGAACCUACCACUCCCUGAAGCAGGACCCCCUGCGCCUGGGCACUGUGGUGAGCGUGUGGGACACUGUGGAUGCAGCCAGCAGCCUCUCCAGGGGCGUCCAGAGGCCCCCCUCCCCCCAGGUGCUGCCCCCAUCACACAUGCUGGCUGGGCCCCUGAUGGAUGGCUCAGAGCGGGGCAGUGGGAAGGAGAGCUCCCAGCCAGCCCCAGUCCUGAUUCUGGGCUCAGGGGCUGAAGCUGGUGAGAGCAGAGAGGCUGGGCCCUGGGCCCCCCCGGAGUCUAAGGGAUCCCCAGCCCCCAUGGAAGGAGGGCCCUGGGCAGGGAGGGAGGUCGUUGUCACUAGGAGCUUCAGACAGGCCCCAGGCUCCAUGGGCCCAUGGCCAGAGGGGCCGCAGUGGGGAUGGCCACUCUUAUUCCAAGGUCAGGGAACGACAGAGGCCUGCCAUUUGGGAAAGGCUGGAUCUCGCAGCUCUGGAAACCACUUUUCCUUCAGCUCAGGGCUGGGAGGGGCAGAGAAGGAAGGGGGCCACAGCAGCAGAGAAGGGGGAGCAUCCUGGCAAGGCCAGAAGGAGCAGGGCCGUGGGCAAGGGGCUGGCAGUCUGGACAGAGGGGAGCCAGACACAGACAUCUGCAGGGGUGACCCCUCCCCAAGUCCCUCAGCCCCACCCCGAAUAUGUGUCGCUAACCCCCUCCCAUGCUCAGCUACUCUGCCCUCAGCAUGUCCCCACCCAGGCCCCUCACCUGCCCCCACUCUUCCCACCUCUUCUCCUUCAGACUCUUUGCCCUUCAGAGUUAGCCAGGGUCCUGCUGGGGGUGACUGCCUCAGAGACGUGCCAGCUCUGACCGCAGCCCCUGCCCCUGCCCCUGCCCCUGCCCCUGCCCCUGCCCCAUCUACAGCUUCUGCCCCAGUUACAGCCCCCGCCCCCACUAGUGGGCCAGGGCUUACAUCUCACGAGCCCAGUGGGGCUCUCUGCAAGGGUAAGCAGGGAGGGCAGAUCUCAACUAGCUGGGGAAACCUUAUUUCCAUGGUUCUUAGGAGUCACCCCUUCCCCAGGCAAGAGGGCCCCCAGGGGAGAGCCCCAAGCGCAGCUCCAGGGAGCCCUAGAGACCCCAGCACCUUCGCACUCUCUGAAAACAGAAAGUCUGGUGCUCUGCCUGAAGGGGUUGUGUCCAGCCUCAAGGACAGUCACAGCUCGGCCAGAAUGGUCCCAGGGACAGGCACAGGGGUCCUUGCUGAGGCUGGAUGUCGGCCACAGCAGGAGACCCCCAGCGCUUCCACCCCAGGCCUGCCCACAGGCCCAAGAGGAGAUGGAGAUGAGGACAGACAUCCGGCCUUCCUGCUGCCCCAAGCUGCCAUGCCCAGGGCCCCGUCACCGCCCGCUGAGCCCGCGCAGCCUGGCCCUGCACCUUCCCCGACUGCGAGGCCAGAGGCGCAGCCUAUCCCCCGGCCACGGAAGCACAGCUUGUGCAGAAUAGCCGAGAACUCUGAGUGGGAGGUCAGCCAGGCUGCCCCAAGGCAGCACCAGGGGGAGACAACAGCCGAGAGGCCCAGCUCUGCAGGCAGCCGGGGGGGCCUCACAGAGAAGCAGAAAGAGACCCAAAAACUCAUGGUGUUUCUGCAGAGGCCCCGGAGCUGGGGAGUGGUGGAGGGGCCCCGCAAGCCCAUCUCCACAGGCCAGGAGACAGCUCCAGGAGUCGCUCUGCAGUGGCGGCUGGACCUGGGCAGCUGCCUGGACAUUCUGGCCUUCGCCCAGCAGCACGGGGAGCCCUGCCUGGCCCAGAAGGCCUAUGCCCUGAUGAGUGACAAUCUGCUGCGCGUGCUGGGAGACCCGAGCCUCUACCGGCAGCUGAGUGGGGCUGACCGGGAGCGCAUCCUGAGCCUUCGGACCGGCCGGGGCCAGGCGGUGCUGGGGGUCCUGGUGCUGCCCAGCCUUUACCAGAUGGGCCGCUCCGGGCCCACAGGGGGCGCUCCUGGGGAGGAGGCUCCUGUGGCGGGGCCUGCACCCCUGCCUCCUCGCUCACACGUGCACGUGUUCAACCCCCAAGAGAACACAUGGCAGCACCUGACUGAGGUGCCCGAGGAGGCCCCGCUGCGGGGCUGCGGCCUCUGCACCAUGCACAACUACCUGUUCCUGGCAGGGGGCGUCCGGGGCUCCGGUGCCAAGGCCACCUGCUCCAAUGAGGUCUUCUGCUACAACCCUCUGACCAACAUCUGGAGCCAGAUGCGGCCCAUGCAGCAGGCCCGCGCCCAGCUUAAACUGGUGGCCCUGGACGGGUUGCUCUACGCCAUCGGGGGCGAGUGCCUAUACAGCAUGGAGCGCUAUGACCCGCGCACAGAUGCCUGGACCUCACGCGCACCCCUCCCUGCAGGCACCUUCCCUGUGGCACACGAAGCUGUGGCCUGCCGUGGGGACAUCUACGUCACCGGGGGCCACCUCUUCUGCCGCUUGCUCAGGUACAGCCCUGUGAAGGACACAUGGGAUGAAUGCCCCUACAGUGCCAGCCACCGGCGCUCCAGUGACAUGGUGGCACUGGGGGGCUUCCUGUACCGCUUCGACCUGCUGCGGGGUGUGGGUGCCGCAGUGAUGCGCUACAACACAGUGACUGGGUCCUGGAGCCGAGCCGCCCCCCUUCCACUGCCCGACCCAGCCCCACUCCGCUGCGCCGUGUUGGAUGACACCAUUUACUGCCUCAGCCACCAGGUCACCGCCACCCUCACGGUCUCUGAGGGGACUGCUCAGUUCCAGGCCAAGGGGCUGCAGCCCUUUCCCCUGGGGAACAAGGGAGUCCUCUGCCCAUUCAUCCUGACACUGCCCCCCGCAGACCCGUUUCAGACUGCCAUCUGAGCUGCUGCUCUCCAUGGAGACCCUGGGGCCAGGGGCAGGGGCAGGUGGGGCACAGGGAGGUGGCUGGGGUCCAGAACUUCGGGUUCUUGAUUCUGGUACAUCUUUCUUUUUCUGUUAUAAUAAGCUUCAUGAUUUCCCCCACCGACCUGCUCCUGCUCCCCUCCAAGCGCAGGCUCCCUGCACUUCUGAGCUGGUCUCGGUCAUC